GUCAGUGCCAGGUCAGUCUGUCUGUCCUAUCCUCCUGUCAAAUACACUAGAUAAAAUUCCAUUAUUUAUUUGCGGUUUUAAUUUUUUUAAUAUUUAAUGUAUUCCUGAAAAAUAUGCCCUUGUAAAAGAGAUGUCUGAGAAAAAAAAGAAAGUCUUACCCAGUAAGGAAACGACGCCACGGCGGCCAGUAAUUUUAAAAUCUGACCGGGAAGCAAAAGAGCUACCAAAGGAGAAGGAAAAAGAGAAACCGCCUACAAUAAUUCUCAAAACUCGAGAACAGAGCAACCCCAAAGAUGAGAGACCUCAGAGCCCCAAGGCCAUUAAAACUCCUAUGGCUGAAGGUGACGGUCCACAUCCAUGUAAAAUAGCCCAAAAUGAAAAUAAGGAAAAGAAGCAGCCUGAAAAAAUAUGCCAUCCAUUGAAGCAGAUGUCGGAGCCUAUAAAACUUCUGGAUGAAAACUUGGAGUUCAACAAUGCUGCACUUGAGUUCCUCCAUGAUGCCAGCACCAAUUAUCUUGUUGUAGGUGUUGUUGGUACGCAAGGUGUCGGCAAAUCAAUGAUACUGAACUUGAUAGAACAGAACAAACACACACAGGACCUUUGCAGGAAAAUCAGGCAGGUGCAUGAACUGAACGAAGGCAACGAAUCAAAUGAAGUUGCAAAUAUUGAGAACCAGUUUAAAACAUUAGGUGUAUCGGAGACUGCGACAAUGUCAAAUGGGUUUAAGUUCAAGAUGCAAGAUAUACAGCAGAUCGAGAGAGGAGUUCACUGCACAAGAGGAGUUGACAUGUACGUGACCCAAGAUCGAGUCAUCCUGCUUGACUGCCAAGCUUUAUGUUCUCCGUCACUGAUCGAAGAAUCCAAUAGCAAUCCCAUAACAGCUCGGAGUGCUAAUGUGGUGACGGUGGAUUGUCUGCAAGUGACGUCAUUCCUGAUGGCUAUAUGUCAUGUGUUGGUCGCUGUGCAGGACUGGUUCGCGGAUUACAACUUUAUCAGAUACAUCCAAGCAGCUGAGAUGCUCAAACCGUCACUGUCGGCUUCGAACCCGCUCAAUCAGGAGCCGUCGGAAUGCAACCCGUCCUCGUCCAGUCCACACUUGUUGCUGCUACACAACCGCUGCCAGUUGGAGGACUUCACGCCAAGCGCCGUCAGAACUAUGCAGGAAUUGUACACAAAGGCGUUUCAGAGAUCGAAUCUGCAGCUUAACUCCGGAAUGUAUAUGUACAGCGAUUCAAACAAAAACGGUUUGAACGUUGACAACGUGUGCAAGGCCUACAGCGUCGAGGCGUGCGGGACGCCUGUCAACUUGUUCCUGUUGCCCGAGAUCUAUGAUGACUUUGAUAACCGUGAUAUCUAUCGUGGCCACCCGCCCUUCGAGCAACUGGCCAAGCGUCUGCGCUGGAUCAUACUCGGCGUGAACCGGCAUCAAAUUACCAACGUGCCGAACCUAUCUGAAAAGGGGUGGUUCCAUUACUGCAACAAAGCCUGGGAGACCAUACGGAAGUGUACCUUCUUCAUGGAAUACGAAAGGUUCUUACCAUGAAGACGCCUCGUGGAACCGACGAGGAUCAACUUGGGUAUCUAACUAAGGAUAACGAUAAACGCACAGGUGUGAUACACCUGCGCUCUUAUCGCAGAGAUAAAGGCGUUGAAAGGACGAAAUUAAUUUUAUUCCAAUGUACAAUGUGAUUGGACCCAAUAAAAUUUCACUUUAAA